GUGGGUCCUCGAAGGGAAGUAGCGUCAGUCGCGCGGCACGCGGCGCACCGUACGCGUGUGGGUAUCCUCGCGUCGCCAUUUUGUCGGUGCAUCGUAUAUACAUACAUCGUUCCCAGUUCCACGACGAACAAUUCCAUUGUAGCGCAAUAAUUGGCACCUCCGUGUUCCCUCGCGCACACGAUCGAACCUCUCGUUGAAUCGUCACUAAUUUCCUAAUAAACAAAAAGAAACAGAAGCUGUCGCAUUAAUCCGGUAAGAUUCUCUUCGCUUCGUGACGAUAGCGACACGCAUCUAUCAACCGUGACAAGAAACGUUGCGAGGAACUUCCACGAAAUCGCCAGCACAUUGGCCGCUCCGAAAGAAAUUUAAACUAGACUGGCCAAGAGGGAACGGCAAAAAGCUAGAAACACUCGUAGUCCAACCGAAAUUGAUUCCAAGGGGUCAAGCGAGAAACGAAGGGGCGAAGGAAAGCGGAAAUAGAGGAAGGGGCGAGUAAGGACGAGGACCAGCGGCGGUGCACCGUGAUCCGUCCCGUGCUCGGGGUCCAUCGAUCGUCUUUGGAUCAUCUCGCGGGAUCACGGGACCGGUGAACAUGGUUGAACACGGUGCUGCGCUGUCGCGAACACGUUUCGUCGGACCAGAAAUGUGCAAGGGUUUUUCCGUGACUACACAACUGUCCUACCGACCGCCGAUUUGAAAAGUCGGCGGAUGGACGUGGCAGCCGCUGGGAAGUCCGAACACGGAGGAAAAUACGAACCGGUAGCCCACCGUCGUCAUCGUGUUCGGCGACGAAAGAGCGGCGAGUUGACAGGAAUCGGCAGGUUUGCGGGAAGGAAACGAGAACGGAAGAAGAACCGGAACGCAUCAUUCUCAGCCACCGAGAGGUUGGAGGGGGAGCUUCUAGGCGGGAAUAGGAAGGAAAGCUUGCACGAAGCUGUAACGUUAGUACUCUACUAGCGAGAACGUCCUAAGAAAGUUGUCUCCGGACCACCAACGUUGCCUGUAAUUCAUUUCUACACGUCACUGCCAUUUGAUGCUGCUAUGUAACCGUUAUAUCGUGCCGUCUUUUUUAUACGCGUAUAUAUUCCCUUUUGAUACAGUAAACAGAAUCGCUGUCAGUGUGACAGCAGAGUUCCUCGCCGAGCGACACCUCGCGCCGCCUGCCUCGUAAACAAGAAACAAGGAAUAGUGUGCCUCAUUGCAUGUGCAUUCAUAUAUAUAUAUAUAUAAAUAAUAUAUAUAUAUUUUUGCCCUCGUUCUUUGACGUCGCAAAUUUAUAGUUGUAAAAGCGUGUGUGCGGUUUUUUGACGCUGUGAACGCCGGUUUCCGAGUGUGAUCAACCGAGGAUCGUGUUUUUUCUUUUCGUGACACCCGUUGGUUCGCACGUGGUCCGAUCCGGUGACAGUUUGCUUAGUGAAUAGUAGUGGUGCUCAUCCUCGGAUUUGGUCUCGUGCCUAGUGAAAGUCAUCUUAGUGGAUUUUUCGUAAGGUUUUGUCUGACGAAAGGGGAUUAUCGGUGGUGGCGCAAGAUGAUGCUUCCUCAGAUGGUGCUGGUGGUGCUGUUCUCUGUGUCGGCUACGGGAGCGCCCCGGUCCUCGGUCAUUUAUGCGGACGACAAAGUGCAAAAUUAUCUCAUGAACUUCGGAUACUUGCCCCAAACGGAUUUAGAAACAGGGAACCUUAGGACGGACGAUCAGCUCAGGGACGCCAUUAAAAAUUUACAGAAAUUUGGAGGUAUUCCCGUGAGCGGUAUCAUCGACGAAGCAACGACCAAAUUAAUGAAACUUCCACGGUGUGGACUUCCGGAUGAACCGGAUCCUAGGUACACGAGGAUGAGGCACAAACGUUACACGAUCCACGGGCAACAGUGGCCGCAUCGGAAUCUGACGUGGAGCCUGAGAACCGAACAGCCAAGUGGUCUCGACACCGGCGGCGUCCGGCUCGAGCUGAGCAAAGCCCUCGGCCUCUGGGCGCGGAACUCGAAGCUCACCUUCCAGGAAGUUAAUAGCGACCGAGCGGACAUCCUGGUGUACUUCCAUCGCGGUUAUCACGGUGAUGGAUAUCCUUUCGAUGGCAGGGGCCAGAUCCUGGCGCACGCUUUCUUCCCCGGCAAAGAUCGCGGUGGUGACGUUCAUUUCGAUGAGGAAGAAAUAUGGCUGCUGGAAGACGACAGCAACGAAGAAGGGACCAGUCUCUUCGCGGUGGCCGCGCAUGAAUUCGGCCACUCGCUCGGCCUGGCGCACAGCUCGGUCCCCGGCGCGCUCAUGUACCCGUGGUACCAAGGAUUGAGCUCUAAUUACAAGCUGCCGGAGGACGACAGGCACGGGAUUCAGCAGAUGUACGGUGCUCCCGAGAAGCUCUGGGGGAACCUGCCGGGUGGUCUGCCGCCUAGGACAACAACGACAAGCGUUGGGACGACCUACAGACCGUGGCGAACAAGACCGACAAGGCCGAAUCACUAUCCGGGCGACGACCGACCUCACCGCCCCGAUCGCUACCCCCAAAAGCCGGAUUAUAGAACAGAAAGGCCAGAGGUGGAUCGACCUCAGAGACCUCACAAACCUCACAGGCAUCACACAACAACGACCACCACUACCACGACCACAACCACCACCACGACGACGACAGCGAGGACCACAAUGAACACCCAAAGGCCAAGGCAUCGGUGGACACCGACGCCGAGGAACGACGUGCCGGACAAAUGUGACACCAGCUACGACGCCAUCAGCAUCAUUCGCAGGGAGAUCUUCGUGUUUAAGGGCAGGUACCUUUGGAGAAUCGGCGAUCAAGGAUUGUACGCGGGUUACCCAGCAGAAAUCACGCGUUUGUUCAAUUUACCUGAAGAUAUCGACCACGUGGAUGCGGUGUAUGAAAAUCCGGACAAGAAGAUAGUCUUUUUCAUCGGGAAAAAGUAUUACGUUUUCAACGCCAACAAUUUAGAAGAAGGAUAUCCAAAACCAUUGACUGAGCUGGGGCUUCCUGAAUUGUUAGAUAAAAUCGAUGGCGCUAUGAUUUGGGGCCAUAAUGGCAGAACUUACUUCUUCAGCGGAUCUAUGUAUUGGAGGUUCGACGAAUCUGUAAAUUCUGUAGAACUGGAUUAUCCAAGGGACAUAAGUAUGUUCGCUGGUGUUGGGCACGAUAUCGACGCUGUGUUCCAGUGGAAGAAUGGCAAAACGUACUUCUUCAAAGGGAAAGGUUUUUGGGAGUUCGACGAUUCGAAAAUGAAAGUCGCCCAUGAAAAGCAGAAAUUGUCGGCACCGGUUUGGAUGGGAUGCCCACGUGAAUUAGAAACCAACGAUGUCGAGAAUUUUCCAAGGAAAUCGAAGAUCAUGGCCUCGAGCGGCGCACUAACACCGCCGACGCAUUUCCUUGGGUUAUUUUUUAUAGUAUAUUUUAGCAAAUAUUUAUAAACUGUGAUAUUUAUGUAACGCCGCGUGCAAACGCGAGCACGUAUUACACACCACCGUACGCGCUCCAGUCUGCACGCGACCAAAUUUUAAUGCACUUCCCUUAUACCGAUGAUGUAUAAUUAAAGUAAUUUUAAUAAGAUAAUUUUUAAAUAAUUUUAAUAAAGAAUUUUAAUAAUGAACUACGACUUACGCUGAUUCUUUUAGAGUUCUCUUGCCUGUCACGUACUUCAUUUUCCUGGCGA